UCAAGGACUCGAGGAUAUUUAUUGUUUCAGCUCUUCUGAGUCAAGUCCGAACGACCUCUGUGUGUACUUGAGCGACGGAAAUCUGUCAUUUGUGAAGGGAAUGGAGACAGACCCACAACUUUGCAGUACAGUUCCAGUAAAUUUGAAGUGUGAGGAACUGAAAUCUGCCUUAUUGCCGAGUCCUGCCUGCCUGUCUCACUGGCUCUGGUUGUCCCAGGAUCAACUGUUGUGUGUAUUCCACAGCGGUUCUUCUCAUCUAUGCCAUAUCCUGGUUGAUGAUGAGUGUGCCACUGUUGGAUGGACAAUGCCUCUAGAUGAACCAGUGUUGACACUAACACAGAAGACAGGAUCAUCAGGUGCUCUGAUUCAGCUGAGUUCUGGGACAGUCCUGGAUUUCCAAGACUCACUCAGUCCUUCCUUCACACUACCAGAGCCAUGUGUUUCAGUGCGCAGUAUGGGUCAGCACAUAAUCACGCGUGCUCACAACAAUCGACUCUAUGUUGACAGAGAACUGAUAGCAGAUAAUAUCACUUCCUUCUACUGCCUCCCUCACUUCUUGGUGAUGACCUCAAGCAGUCACGAGUUGUAUGUUACGAGUGCUGAAUUGGGUUUUAAGGUGGAGAAGGAGAGCGGAACUAACACGGCACGCCGGUUGGAGCGGGGGGCAACCAUGGUUGUAGCGAUGGACCAUUCAGUUGUUCUGCAACUGCCCCGAGGCAAUCUGGAGACGGUGGAGCCGCGGGCACUUACUCUGGUCACAGCUGGUAAACUGCUGGACAUGGGAGAGUUUAAGGCAGUCGCACAGUUAUUGCGGAGACAGAGGAUAAAUCUGAACCUGUGCGUGGAUCACAACCCAUCAGCAUUUUUGUUGUCAGUACACAGAUUUGUGGCGCAAGUGCAUGACCCGCAGUGGCUCAGCGUGUUCCUGGCGGAGUUGACAGAGGAGGAUGUUACUCGCACCAUCUACUCAGGCUUUUACAAACAAAUGGUGGCUCGCGGCCCCCCACUGGCUGACAAGGUAGUGAGAGUGUGUACUGCACUGCGUGAAGCAAUGACUCAGUCCAACGAAAACCAGGACUUCUAUCUGCAGCCGAUCCUGAGUACGUACGUGCGCGCUGGACAUGUAGGUGAAGCUAUCUCCCUAGCCGACAGUGACCAGGCGCUGAGCUAUCUCGCUCUGCUCAUCGACACAGAUAAACUCUACGAGGAGGCCCUCGGCGUGUACAAUCUGCAGAAGGCGCUGAAGAUUGCUGGAAAGUCUCUCAAAGAUCCCAAGGAGUAUGUGCCGUAUUUGACCAAAUUGCAGCAAAUGGAUCCUGCGUACAUGAGAUUCACGAUUGACAAGCGGUUGCGAAAGCCACAGUCCGCGCUGCGUAACCUCGUGCAGUGCAAGGAUCGGACAGAAGAAUGCAUACAAUUUGUGAAAAGCUCAGGACUCUACACUCUAGCUCUGGAGUUAUUCAAGGAUCAACCUGAAGAGUACAAGCAGAUCUGUUUGCUGUACGGAGAUCAUCUGUUGAACAAGCAACUCUACGAGGAGGCUGGCUUGAUGUAUCAGAGAGGAGGGGAUGUCGACAAGGCAAUCACAGCUCUCACCCGGGCAGGCAGUCUGCUCCAGUGUCUCACUCUUGCAGCUAAACAAAACUUCAGCGAGGAAGCCUUGGUAGAAUUUCACCUGGCGUUGUUGUCAGCACUGCUGAACCAGGAGAAGCAUUCUGAAGCUGCUGAGUUACACAGCCUGAUGGGAAAACAUGAGGAGGCAGUCUCGUGUUUGGUGGAGGGCCGACUGUGGUCUCGGGCUAUCUUCCUGUGUCAUCAACACAAACAACCGCAGCUUGUCGAAUCGUUGGUAAAGCCAGUUCUUCUUGAAUCCCAGAGUCGCUCAGUCAUGGAUAUUCGUGCAAAGGUGGCAGAUAUGGAAAAGCACUCGACCAGACUGCUUAUUGUGCGGGAACAGCAAGCUAAUCCAGACAGAAAUUUUGAUGCACUAAGUGACAUACAAUCGGACACUAGCAGUUUGUCCUCAUUCUCCACGUCUUCGGGCGGCACCAGAAGUACAAAGAAUACUCGGAAAGCCCAACGUAAGCUGUGGAGCUUGAAGGAGGGCAACCCCAGGGAGGAGCAGGCGUUGUUAUACACCAUCACAGAACUGAUACAGAACACAGAACGACUCACCAGUGAUGUCCGCACCACAUGUCUCGCCCUGGCGGAGUUAGGGCUGGACACGGAGGCUGGCACGCUACAAUCGGCCAUGACUGCAGCACUUGAGAAGAUACAACAGAUAAGGCACUCUGUCUGGCCAGGCUCCACUGCCAAGAAAACUGGCAGUGAUGCAGAUGCUAUAGACCCCACCUUGACAGACAUGCAGCUGAAAUUCCCCCCAACCAGCUGCAUCUCAGCGACUUGGAGGCUCGACAUCUACUCAUAGCGCAACUGCAGGGAAUUCUUUUUUAUACUGAUGAUGAUCUUUUACAUUAUUUACUGGAAAUAUGUAAACAUUUAAGUUUUUGAGUCAAGUGCACUUUUGAGUCUUGAUAAGAUAUUACUUGACAAUAAUAUUAAUCUAUUUUUCAUAGGAUGAGGAUAAAAGCAAUUCAAGAUGAUAUUACUUAGUCUCCUGUAAUACUUUUAAGUAACAAGAGUCAAAGUUUUAUUCAUCACAGGUUAACGACAUAAUUAAAAUAAAUUUUAUAAAUGAAAAUUGACACAUUAAAAUAUAAAAUUUCAGAAAUUUAUGAAUACUCCUUAUGAAAAUAACUGUUGCAAUUGAAAAAAAAUGAAAUAGAGAACAUGCACACAGAUUCAGCUUUAAUUUCCAUACUUAAAUUUUUGUAACCCUAGACAUCAAUGGCAAAGACCCUUCAACAAUCUUUUGAGGAGUGUUUGUUAAUUACAACUUAAUCUACAUACUGACUGAACUAAAGGUUGUCCACAUACUUACAUGUGUAAGUAAUAAACAAAAUUUUCAUCUUUUGUUGAAUCCUCAUAAUAAUAACAUUGUGUGAAUAGAAAUUGAGGUUAUACAAAUAUAGCAAUUGAGGGAUUGUGCAAAGGAAAUUCCAUGCAAGGAUGGUCUGGAAGUUUCCUGAGUUAUUCCCACUUAGCUUAUUUUAAGAAAGACCUCAUUGUUCUUAAUUUCAGCAAGUGGGAGGUUGGGUGAAAUGAAGGAAUUGAGGACGGAUUAAACAAAUAGAUUGAGGAUGGAUGAAAUGAAGAGAUUAAGGAUAGAUGAAAUGAAUGGAUUGAGGAUAGAUGAAAUGAAGAGGUUGAGGUUGGGUGAAAUAAGGGAUUUGAGGAGAGGUGAAAUGAAGAGGUUGAGGUUGAGUGAAAUAAAGGGGUAAGUGGGAGGCUCACCAAAAAGUGGAAUUAAAAAUACAAAAAGUAAUCAGUGUCACAAAUUGACAACAUUUUACGGUAGUUGAGAAAACUAAAAACUGCAUCUUUGAGAUUGUAUUUCUAUACUUCAGUUGUCUAUGACAGGUGUUAUCAAAUAGGAAGAACAUGUGAUUUUCUAUUUUAUUGCAAGUGGAAAUCAUAAAACAGAAUGUUACUUUUAAUUACUCACAUACAUAUUGUGUUCUCUCUUUUCAUGUCUUUUCUUCAUUCACUUUACUUUACACCUUACUUCACACUUCAUAUUCUUUACAACACUUGUGUGAGCAGCUGACGUAGUUUGUUGCUAUCGAUGUGAAAGCCGUGCAGUGUUUUCUGUUGGUGUUACUGUUUUAUUUACUUUGAUAAUUUGAGUUCAUUUGCAAUUAAUAUCUGCACUACUACUAUCCCAUGUCUGCUUUUAAAUAGAUUAUGGUAAACUAUGUGUUUAUUACAAAAUGUUCUCAAAUCUCAGGAUCAUUUAUGUAUUAUUUCUGGAAUUAAUUAUCCCCCAUACUUUUUUAUUAAAUUUUGACAUCCUGAAUAGUUUUAUGGGUUCUUCAGAAGUUUUGAAUUAAAUUAAGUUCAACAAAUUUGUAAAAUAUCAACUUUUUUUAAAAUACAAUUUUUUUAUGUUAGAAACAUAAAUAUAACUGGAUAUGACAGUUAAUUUAUAAUUAAUUGGCAAUAUCUGUGCUGUGUUAAAGGUUGACUGGAAUACCUGUCCAAAAUCCUUGUGUUACAGUUUGGUGAAUUAUUUGAGCCCUGAUGAUUCGUUGCAUUUUGUGAACAGGAUGUUUGAAAGGUAACUGAUUUUAUCAUUUUGUGAUUCAACAAUGAAUGCUGCCCAUUGGUUGUCUGAUACUUGUCUGAUUCUUAUCAGAUAACCAGUGCACAGCAUUCACUGUAGAUACGUUUAUACUUGCAGGAGAUGUCAAAUCGUUUCUUAAAUUCAUUUGAUGAACUGAUGCGUUUUUCAAGAUAGAUUUGGUAAUACUUGAACUGGCCGUUAGUUGAGAUACUGAACAAUUUUCUGAUGUGUUGUCUUCUAAAUCAGUUAAAAUGUCCGAUAAUUCUGAUUUUUGGAUACACAUCUCUAGUAAAUCAGUUGCUGUUUUUUCUGACCGAUUGGGGUACAUAAUUUUGUGAAGUUUUAACAUCUUGUGAUUUUUGUUUUAAGACUUCAUGUUUUAUAACAGGUUUAGUUAUUAACUUUUUGUUUCUGUAAUCAAUUUUCGGUAGAGGCAUACCAUUCUUCGGAAAUCCUUGCUGAUUCGACAAAAUAUUUUGAAUGUCACUAUUCACUUGAUCCUUUACAUGAGUUACAGGUGUAAGUUUCUUGUUACAGUUUUGUAAUUGUUGGACAGCAUUUUGAAUUGUAGAUCCAUUCACUAACCUCAUGUUAUUGGUGGGUUGAAUAGUAGAUCCAUUCACUAAUCCCAUGUUAUUGGUGGGUUGAAGAAAAAAACAAAAAUCCUUUUUCAACCCUAGAACUUGCAUGCGUUUUAGCCUUAACUGGCACAGCUGUUUAACCCCUUGCGCAGAGAUAACACAGAAAAUAUAAAUUUGUAUAAACCAUUUUAUUGAAAUCAAAAUUGAUUUUACCAUUACAUUAAUGGAUGUGUGGUGUUCUGAUGUUAAAACUUUAUUUUCUAAACCAGCUAACACAAACAGUAACAGCUGUUAGAAUUUCAUAGCACGUCAGACAACUUUAGCAGCCAAUAUAACAAACGUUUGAUGUAUAAAAGUGAGUACAUUAAAAGAAGUGCGAAAUCCACUGAUUAUAAUGAUAUAACUUUUAUUAUGAUUUGAAUGAAGAUUGUUCAAAAGAUAACUAAUUAGCAGAUGAUGUUUAAUGCGUCUCAAAUUACGACUCAACCAAUUUACAGCAAGAACAAAUGUAUCAUAAAUUAUGUCUGCCAGUUCCGGUUUAAAUACAUAACAUUAUUUUAUUUAUAUAUGUGAAUUUUUUAAAGGUUUUGCGCCUUUAGUUUGUACCCAACAAAAAAUAUCAAUUUAUACUUUUAUUGUUAAUUUAUCUGGUAAUUUGUGCUCAGUAUAUUUUCUGAUUAGAAUCUAUAAGCAAAAUAUAUGUAGUAGUCCAAUUAAAUUCAAGACAAUCAUUUAUUUAAAGCUUGCAUUUUCGCUAAAAAUAAAUGCCAUGUACAAAGGAACGACAGGGGUCCAAAAAUUCAAGUGUAAAUGGUUAAAAUGUGCAUCUGUAUCUGUUUGCUAUUCUCCAUUCACUCCUGAGUUGAUAGUACAGGAUUAGGGGAGAAUUAACAAUUCAAUACCUGUCAAUUUUUAACUCACUCAAAAUGCAAAUAUUUCUUCUAUAUUCAUAUUUUACUUAACUCAAAAACCUGUGCUUGCAUAUUUCCAUUCUUUACAAAGUCUAAUUGUACAGCAAAGUAAUUGUAAGGAUAAUAAAGUUAUUGUUUUUAGUC